GCGAUCAGAUGGCAGAGGGUGGAGUUAUUGAUCGCACUAAGGGGGAAGCCGAUGUGUUUCCCCGGCGCUGGGCACAUUCCUAAGCCAUAACCGAGCGGGCAGAGGCGCUUCAGCACCGGGGACAGCUCCCCCCAGGCUCCCGGAUUGAUUCCUCCGCUCCUGCAGCUCCAAUGAGGGAAUGUGAGCCGCACAGUCUGCCUGCUGCUGUCGCUGCUGCCUCCAUCUGCUGAUCGGAUUUCAGCAACCUGACUCCGUCUCCUGUCGCUGCUGCUGCUGCUUCAGAAGGUCAGAGUCCUCUCCCCCAGCCGCCUGGAUCAGGAUGAGAGCCUCUGCCUGCCAGCUGUCCUCUGGGUGAGGGCUUCUCCUCUAACUGCCAGCUUUGGGUGAAUCGUACCGCACAGGGAGCCCACUGUCCCCUUACCCAGGCAAUGUGACCCAUGUGGCUCUUACAAAUCAUCCCCAAUAACACAUGGAUAUCUCUACUCUCUCUGGGAUCUCUUAUUAAUCCACUGCAGUCUCUUUCCCCUGAAGAUCUGCCCCCGAGUGAAGUUUGACGGAAAAUGUUACUAAACUUUUGGAACUGGAUAGCUUUUCUCGUAAUAUCUCAAACGUUUCUUAAACGGGCCUUGGCACAGAGCGAAGAUGACUGGCAAUAUGAGGAUUGUAAGCUGGCCAGAGGCGGCAUACCUGCGACUAUAGUUCCAAUAGAUGAAGAAAGCGCAAAUGGCACAAUAAUUGUGGACAAUAUGCAAAUAAAAGGGACGGCGGGAGUUCCUGAUGCCACUAUAGAACUUUCCUUGAAAGAUAAUACUGACUACUGGGUCAUCUUGGAGCCAAAAACCCAAAGGCUAUACCUCAACAGCACAGGGAGAGUUCUGGACAGAGAUCCACCAUCAUCCAUCCAGUCUAUCGUUGUCCUUGUACAGUGUGUGAAUAAAAAAGUUGGCAGCAUCAUUAACCACGAAGUAAGAAUAGUAGUGAGGGACAAAAAUGACAACUCACCGAAGUUCCAAAUGCAGAAUUACAGAGCAGUUGUAAAUGAGCUAACGCCAGUUGGAACAACAAUCUUUACUGGUUUCUCAGGGGAUGGAGGAGCUACUGAUAUAGAUGAUGGACCCAAUGGUCAGAUUGAAUACGUCAUUCAGUACAACCCCAACGACACUGCAUCGAAUCAGACCUUCGACAUUCCUCUCACAUUGUCUGGAGCAGUGGUAUUAAGGCGAAGGCUGAAUUACGAAGAGAAGACUCGCUACUUUGUCAUUGUUCAAGCCAAUGAUCGGACCCCAAAUCCUAAUGAACGACGGACCAGUACAACUACUCUGACAGUUGAUAUCCUCGAUGGUGAUGACCUGGGGCCCAUGUUCCUGCCAUGCGUCCUAGUGGACAAGACUCGGGAUUGCCGCCCCUUAACGUACAACGCGGUCAUUCCAGAACUCCGAAGUCCUGCAGCUGUGAACCCAGUCAAUGUCACGCCUGCUAUACAAGCUAUAGACCAAGAUCGGGAUAUUCAACCUGCCUCAGAUCGUCCCGGGAUUAUUUAUUCUAUUCUCAUUGGCACUCCUCAGAAUUAUGCCGAAUAUUUCUCUAUGAACCAAACUACAGCAGUGCUCAGACUACUCAAGCCAGUAAACAGAGAUUUGAUCCAGAAAUUUGAUUUGGUUAUAAAGGCAGAGCAAGACAACGGCCAUCCCCUGCCAGCCUUUGCAAACCUUCAUAUAGACAUUUUGGAUGAGAAUAAUCAGGCCCCGUAUUUUACUUUUGUUACAUAUCAAGGCUACAUAUUGGAGUCUUCACCAGUUGGAACAACCAUCUCAGACAGCCAAAAUUUAACUGCUCCAUUAAAAUUUGUAGCUCUUGAUAAUGAUAUUGAAGAGACAAAAGAUCCCCAGCUGUAUCUCUACUUAAAUGCAUUUAGUACAGUUUUUUCCGUGACGCCGACUGGAAUAACCCGUUACCUUACGUUGCUUCAACCUGUUGACAGGGAGACCCAGCAAAUCUAUCAAUUCUCGAUGAUAGCUUCAGACGGCACCCAAGAAAGCUUUCCAGUCACCGUCAACAUCAUAGUAAUCGAUGCAAAUGACAACACUCCAACUUUCUCCAACAUUUCCUACAACGUCAAGAUUUAUACGGACGUUAAAGCAGGAGAAAGCAUCAUCCGACUUACGGCGCUUGAUGCAGAUGAAGGAGUUAAUGGACAGAUAACCUAUGAAAUCUUGGCUGGAUCUCAGGGAAAAUUUGAGAUUAAUGGCAGAACUGGUGUCGUCUCAAUCUCCCCAGGAGUUACAGUGUUGGUGGGAGAAAUGUUUGCUUUAACCGUGAAGGCGUAUGACAACGCUCCCCUCAACCAAAGAAGGAGUUCUAUCACAACAGUUUAUAUUGAGGUACUUCCACCAAACAACCAGAGCCCCCCACGCUUUUCACAGUUGAUGUAUAGCCUUGAAGUCAGUGAAGCUAUGCGGAUUGGAGCCAUUUUAUUAAAUCUACAGGCCACUGAUAGGGAAGGGGACCCGAUUACAUAUUUAAUUGAAAAUGGAGAUCCUCAGAAAGUGUUUAAUCUAUCCGUGAGCUCUGGACUUUUAAUGUUAGCAAAAGCUUUGGACAGAGAAAGUACAGAUCGCUACAUUUUGAUAGUAACGGCAUCGGACGGCAGAGCAGAUGGAACAUCAACUGCUACUGUUAAUGUGGUGGUGACCGACGUGAAUGACAAUGACCCAGUCUUCGAUCUCUACUUGCCCAGAAAUCUCUCUGUCCAGGAGGAAGAAUUAAAUGCUUUCGUGGGUCAAGUUAGGGCAACAGACCCUGAUGCCGGAGUCAACGGCCAAGUCCGUUAUAGCCUGGCAAAUCUCAACAACAUCUUCCGUAUCACUGCCAACGGGAGUAUAUACACCUCUGUCAAGCUGGACCGAGAAACAAAAGAUAGUUAUGAACUUGUCGUUGAAGCGACAGAUGGAGCAGUGGACCCGCGGCGCAGUACAAUAACCCUUACGAUUAAAGUCAUCGACAUCGACGACAAUAGCCCCCAGUUUACAAACUCCACUUAUUCCGUCAGCGUCCCAGAGAAUAUGAUUCCAGGCACGGUGUUCUUACGCGUACAGGCAAAAGAUGCUGAUCUUGGUGCUAAUAUUACUUAUCGGAUACGAUCUCAGGACGUUUUACAGUUCUUUGCAAUGAACCAGUCAACUGGAGAGCUGUCCCUAUUGAAAGCCCUCGAUUAUGAGUUAUUCACAAACAUGGAGGCCGCGUACAUGUUUAUCAUUGAAGCGUUCGAUGCGGCGGGAACGAUGCCCCCUGGACUCGCAACUGUGACAGUCCGAGUAAAGGAUAUGAAUGAUUACUCGCCUGUAUUUACUAAAGCCCUCUAUUGGGGAAUGGUAGCUCCAGAUGCUCUCAAGGGCACCCUUGUUGCUACAGUUGCAGCUGAAGAUAAAGAUCCUCCGGGCACGCCUGCGAGUAAAGUCCGAUACAAGGUCGACGUGGUUCAGUUCCCAUACAGCGCCAGCAUAUUUGAUGUUGAAGAAAAUACCGGUCGGGUAUUAACCAGGGUGAACCUCAAUGAAGAGCCCAGUACCAUUUUUAGGCUGGGGGUAAUUGCCUAUGAUGAUGGAGAUCCAGUAAAAUCCAACAGCACGACAGUCAUAAUUACAGUUUUGCAGCCAUCUGUUAUUCCUCGUUUCACGCAAGACGAAUACAGGCCCCCUCCUGUGAGUGAAUUGGCCCCACUUGGAUCAACUGUAACAGUUGUAUUAGCUGCUGCCUUGAAUCAAACCAUAGUGUAUUCAAUCAUCUCAGGAAAUGAUCAGGGAAUAUUCGCCAUUGAUAACAGCACUGGGGUUAUCACCGUAGCAAAGCCAUUGGACUAUGAAAACACAACAAGCUAUGAGCUUAGAAUCCAAGCAGACUCAAUGGAAGUGACUAAAUAUAAUCUACGAGCCGCUUCGAAAAGUAACACAGCUAUAGUCUUCAUUGAAGUACAGGAUGAAAAUGACCAUGCACCAGUGUUUUCCAAAAAGGUCUACUUGGGCGGAGUUUCGGAAGAUGCUAGAAUGUUUGCUUCGGUGCUUAAAGUUAAGACCACUGAUAGAGAUACCGGGAACUUCAGCACCAAUAAUUACAAGCUGGUCAUACCACCAAUCAAAGACAGCAAAGAAGGUUUUGUCAUCGAAAUACAUUCUGGGAUAAUUAAAACCGCGAUGCUGUUCAAAAACAUGAGAAGGUCGUAUUUCAAGUUUGAUGUGAUUGCAACCGAUGAUUAUGGAAAGGGACUGAGCAGCAAAGCAGAAGUUAUUGUUUCCGUGGUCAAUCAGUUGGAUAUGCAAGUUAUUGUCUCUAACGUUCCUCCGACGGUUAUUGAAGAAAAUAUAGAUGAUCUCGUAAGGAUCCUAGAGGGUUAUGUACAGGACCAAAUCCCUGGUGCAGCAGUGGUGGUGGAAUCAAUAGGGGCUCGGAGGUACGGUGAUGGGUUCUCACAAGAGGAUUACACCCAGAGCGACCUAAUGAUUUAUGCUGUAGACCCCAAAACUAACAGAGCGAUAUCACGGAAUGAGCUUUACAAGUUUUUGGAUGGGAAAGUCCUGGACAUCAACAAACAGUUCCAGGAUUACAUUGGUCAAGGAGGGCGCAUUUUGGAAAUCCGAACCCCGGACGUCGUAGCCAACGUAAAGAAGCAAGCCCAAGCCGUCGGCUACACAGAGGGAGCAUUACUUGCCCUUGCCAUUAUCAUCAUUCUCUGUUGCAUUCCUGCCAUUAUGAUUGUUAUGGUCAGCUACAGACAGUUUAAAGACCGACAAGCUGAGUGUGCAAAGACAGCAAGGAUCCAGAUGGCAUUACCAGCAGGCAAACAGUCAACCCCAGCAGCCAAUAAUCUGUAUGAAGAGUUGGGCGGCAGCACUAUGCGUGGAUAUGCUCAUCAGGAGCAGCAACAAUUACUGAGACCUUCUCUUCUAAAACCUGAGGAACUGUCUAUGGAGUCGGGGAUUGAUCCUGGUCAGGAAUAUUAUGGACAAGACUACUAUAGCUAUGAGCAUGGGUAUGAAUUGCCACAGUAUGGAAGUCGCCGCCGAUUACUGUCACCAGCUGGAAUGUAUGAAGACUAUGGGGAAGUGGUGAUGGAGAAUGAUGGAGGAUAUUACUACACCCCACAUGGGCCUGGUACUGAAGGCGAUAUCGCCAAGAACAAAAGAAUAAAAUUAGUGGUGGAUCGGGAGUAUGAAACCAGUUCAACUGGAGAAGAAAGCGCCCCUGAGUCGAAGAACCGACUUAGUCACCCCAAUAUUCAAAACAACGUCAACGGAAAUAUAUACAUUGCCCAGAAUGGGUCUGUUAUUAGAACCAGGCGUUCUUGCCUCACCAACAAUUUAAAAAUAUCUUCACCUUUGAGACUGGGAAAGCAAUUCAAGAAAUUGGACAAACUGGGGGUGACGCACGAGGAGAAUAUUCAGUUGAACACUUUGUCUAAAGGGGCCUCUAUAAAACUAAACUCAAAGCCUUCUUGUAUAUCCCUGGCCAGUAACAAUGCCAUGGGCAAAAACAUAACGUUUAAGCCGGGGGAACAUAAGUUAAAAAGCACAGAAGAACAAGAGUCUGUUGUUGACAAUAACGAGGAUGUCAAAGAACCAAUAGAAUUGCACAGUGAUCAAACACAAUCAGACGAGGAGGAGCUAUGGAUGGGGCCUUGGAACAAUCUUCACAUACCAAUGACAAAACUAUGACCUUUUUUUUUUUAACACUGAUUCAGUUUCUAAAAAAGACUGCACUUUCUAUGAUCACAAUUGAAAAAAAAAAAUAUAUAUAUAUAUAUAAUUCUUCUAUUGUGCACAUUUAACUUUGUCACUUACAACAAGUAACACAAUUUGCACUCAGUUUUUAUGUUUAAUUACUCUUUCCCAUGACUUUUUGACAUGUAUUGGUAAAUAAUUGGGUGCCAGUGUGGUCCCAAACAGGUUCAAUCCCAACACUCGCUGGGCCUUAAUGGUUUAAUUGACUGUAUCAUUUAACACUAAAAUGUAUAAUUGCUUUUUUUUUUUUUUAUAUUUUGUUAAAUGAGCAACAUGAUAUUAAUUUUAAAUGGUUUUACCCAAACUCUGUAUCAUGCCUAACACGCUGUACAUGUGUUUUUUUUACUGUGCACAGUAAAUUGAAAGAACAAA